AUUUUGUGCAGACUAACUGACGAAUCAAGUCCGCUUUGUAAAUAUUACAAUUCGUAAAAAUUACGAUUCGGUAUAGCCGGAUGUUAUCAAAAUGUCUUCUUCAAAUGGUGCAUCAGUAGGUUUUCGCAGUGCUCCAGUAUGCAAGUUUCUUCUUGGAUCAGCUAUUGGGUCGUCAUUCUUACUGAAGUUUCCUCUCAAACAGCACCAGUCAUACUUCAUUUACACGCACAACCAAGUGUUUGAUAAAUAUCAGAUAUGGAGAGUGUUGACUUCAAAGCUGGCCUUUCUGGAUUUAAAGGACCUGUUUGUGUGCUCUAUUCUCAUAUACUACUUCAAAAUCUUUGAGAAAAGACUUGGCUCCAGGAAGUUUUUUUCCCAUUUGCUGGGAUCAGGAAUCCUGUCUAUAUUACUGGAACUAGUGUGUGUGUAUCUGUGUCGAGUGUUUGAAGUACCACUACAACCUUUGCCCACAGGACCGUUGUGCAUAAUAUACCCGAUGUUUGUGCCAUUUUACUGUGAUAUUCCACGAGUUGCACUGUCACAUAUCUGGGGCGUACCUAUGACUGGGAAAUCUAUAUCAUAUAUACUAGGUUUACAGGCAGCAAGUAGUUCUCCAGAGUCGUUGCUCGUUGCACUUUGUGGUUUGAUGGCUGGUGUGUUAUGGAGAGUGAAUUUUUUAUAUCUACAAUCUGUCAUUAAAGUACCACACUGUUUAGCGAGAUUAUGUAAUUCAACAAUUGGCAGACUUUUCAACACAGCAGACAUAUAUGAGAAUAAAAACCACAUAGGAGCUACACUUGAGAUUCAGAGGCAAGAAGCAAUGGAAAGGUUAGAACAGCAAGUGAUAUGGAGAUCCUUACAGAACUCAAGAGGUACUAAUAUGGGACGGCAUCAACCUCAGAACUUAGUGGAUGGUCCUGGUAUAUUUGGUGGUGUAAAUAACAAUGGUCAAGAUGGACUCAGACAGAGAUUAGAAGAAGACCUUGAGGAAGCAGAGGAAGUGUCGGAAGAACAAGUACAACAGAUGGUGGAAAUGGGUUUCAGUCAAGAUCAAGUUAGACAUGCUCUCCAUAUGUCAAAUAAUGACGUUUCCAUGGCAACAAAUUUCUUACUGCAACAAAAUUAGUGCAUUCAGGUUAUAAUCAGCAGUGUGAUGAGCUAUAAUGGACAAAAUAAUCCAGACAUGAAUCCUGAAAGUUCAGCAGUGGUCACAUUCUGAUGGUGGUGAGGGCAUCUGAUUGAAAUACAGAAUGCUUGUGACUUUACCCAGGACGUUUCUGUAUCUGAAACAAAGGGUGAUCGUGGUCUUACUCCAUUAUUGCAUUUAAAAACUCUCCAUAUAACAUAAGCUAAUGGAGUAGCUUUAAACUCUACAAAACUCAGAAACAGUGAUUGGAAUAACUUCAUAAAGUUUGACGAAAUUCAUAAAAUUUCUUCUGUAAAAAAUUAUGUUUUAUAAUUUCUAACAUGAUCAUAAAAACAAUGGUGAAAAAUAUUUCUAUUGGCUAUAAUGUGCAGUCUGCAUAAAGCAUUAUAGACUUAAUAUAUGAUAAGUAAAAUGUAAGCUCAGAUUGAACUUUUGUAAUGGUGUCUGUAGUAGUGUCAUAAAAGAUUGACUUUUGAGUUGUACAUGUACAUGAUUAUGUCUCCCCCCAUAGGUGGGGGAGACAUAUUGUUUUUGCCUUUGCCAUCUGUCUGUCUGUUUGUCUGUCUGUCCAUCCAGCUUUCACAGGUCAAACUACUGGCCGGAUUUCAACAAAACUUAACAGGAGUUAUCAGUAUCAAGCCUAGUUGUGCAUAUCGCCGGCACAUUCCGCUUCGCUGCACAAAUGGCCGCUAGAGCUAAAGACAGAAAAAUCUUUUCCGGCUUUCACAGGUCAAACUGCUGGCUGGAUUUCAACAAAACUUCACAGGAGUGAUCAGUACCAAGCCUAGCUGUGCAUAUCGCCGGCAUGUUCUUUGCAGCACAAAAUAGACACCAGAGCUAAAAAUAGAAAAAUCUCGUCCAGCUUCCACAAGUCAAACUGCUGGCCGGAUUUAGACAAAAUGUCACAGGAGUGAUCAGUACCAAGCCUAGUUGUGCAUAUCGCCGACACGUUCCACCUCGCUGCACAAAAUGGCCGCCAGACCUAAAGAUAGAAAAAUCUUGUCCGGCUUUCACAGGUCAAAUUGCUGGAUAGAUUUUGACGAAACUUCACAGGAGUGGUCAGUACCAAGCCUAGUUGUGUAUAUCGCCGACACAUUCAGCUUCGCUGCACAAAGUGGCUGCCAGAGCUAAAGGUAUACAUAGGAGGAGGACAUAUGUUUUUGUGAUAAAAACACCUAGUUGUUUUAUAAAUUGACACUAGAAAGUUAAUGAUUGAUUAGAUAUUCCAGUCAAGCAGCUUUUACUGAAAUGGCUUUAUAUCCAGCUGUAGUUGGUUCAACUUGUAUAAAGUUUUUUUAAUAAAAGGACUGCUUAUUA